AUGUCGACUCCAGCAAGGAAGAGGUUGAUGAGGGAUUUCAAGAGGUUGCAGCAAGACCCACCUGCGGGAAUAAGCGGUGCUCCUCAAGACAACAAUAUCAUGCUCUGGAAUGCUGUUAUAUUCGGGCCUGAUGACACGCCAUGGGACGGAGGUACUUUCAAACUGUCACUGCAGUUCUCUGAAGAUUAUCCAAAUAAACCACCAACAGUUCGUUUCGUGUCACGGAUGUUCCAUCCAAAUAUUUAUGCAGAUGGGAGUAUUUGCUUGGACAUUCUGCAAAACCAGUGGAGUCCAAUAUAUGAUGUUGCUGCUAUACUUACCUCCAUCCAGUCAUUGCUCUGUGACCCUAAUCCGAAUUCUCCUGCAAAUUCGGAAGCCGCUCGGAUGUACAGCGAAAGCAAGCGCGAGUACAACAGAAGAGUGCGUGAUGUUGUUGAGCAAAGCUGGACUGCUGAUUAG